UCGGAAUAAUUCUAUUGCAGAACGGUCUAUUGAGAGCAAGCUUACACUGAGAACACGGGCUGCUAGCAAACAAGAUGGACGCCGAGCAGCAACAACUGCGGAAUCUACGGGAUUUUCUCCUGGUUUAUAACAAAAUGACGGAGCUAUGUUUCAGCCGCUGUGUACGGAACAUGAACUACCGCUUACUGACCAUGGAUGAGGAGAAAUGCCUGGACGGCUGUGCAUCCAAACUCAUUCGAUCCAAUCACCGCUUGAUGAGUGCCUACGUGGGGUUAAUGCCAGGCGUCGUACAGCGCAGAAUGGCAGAGCUUGAGAGUCAGAGUAAAGAAGCAGCAACGAACAUUGCACCCGACACACAGAUCUCAUCCACAUCGGACGCAGACAAUGUGCAGGUCACCAGCACAGUGUGACUGCCAUGUUUCAUCUAUACCUAAAUAACUUGAACCUUCACAGAAAAUAAAUCCAUUCUGUCUCCAGUUGC